CAAAUAACCGUUGACAUUGUUUGACAGAAAUUAGUACGGUAUUUAUUUUAAAGAAGAUAACUGCCUCACUAUGAACAACGCGGAUUAUUAUCUUCGACAUCACACAGUUGAAAGGUUAACCCACCAGACCAACAAAAAGAAAACAACACAGAUAGUACCCAAAGCCUGCCUCAGAUUUAUCCUAUUUUCCAGCUUUUAUUUUAGGAGUUGAAAGUAGCUCGUUCAGGGAGCUCCAUCACUGAGCUGAAGAGGAAGAAGACAGGAACAUUUGGUAGAAGAGGAGGAAGAAGGAACCAUGGGUGUGCAAAAGGAAGACGUGGAAAAGUUCCUCAAGGGGAACCCUGCUUUUGCUAAACAGUACUUUGCCAAGAAGAUGAGCCCUGCCUCCAUUUCAAAGGCGUCAGGACUCCCAGACAAACAGAUCGACUUCAGCCAGUUCCAGGAGCUCACUCAGGUCGAAGAAAGCCAAAUCAUGUAUGGCCUGAUCAAAGACAUGCAGGAGAACAUCAACGUGGAAAAGGUGGUCUUCAAGAUCCUAAAGAGAAUCAGUGCACUCAUCCACGCCGACCGGUGCAGCUUGUUCAUGUACCGGCAACGGAACGGCAUCGGAGAGCUCGCCACAAGGCUCUUCAAUGUCAACACAGAGGCAGAGUUUGAUGACUGUGUGGUGCCACCGGACUCUGAGAUCGUCUAUCCGCUGGACAUGGGAAUAGUCGGCCACGUGGCCCUGACCAAGAAAACUGUUAACGUGAAAGAUGUCUCAGAGAGCCAGCACUUCAGCUCAUUCGUCGACGAUCUCACAGAAUACAAGACCCAGAACAUUAUGGCUACCCCCAUCCUCAACGGCAAAGACUUGGUGGCUGUGAUCAUGGCUCUAAACAAGACCACAGGACCACAUUUCACUGCUGAGGAUGAAGAUCUUUUUUUAAAGUAUCUGAAAAUUGCCACUUUGAACUUGAAGAUCUACCACCUGAGCUACCUCCACAGCUGUGAGACCCGUAAAGGACAGCUGCUGCUAUGGUCUGCCAACAAGGUAUUUGAAGAGCUGACAGACAUUGAGCGACAGUUUCACAAAGCCUUGUACACAGUCCGAGCCUACCUCAACUGUGACCGCUACUCUGUUGGUUUACUGGACAUGACAAAGGAGAAGGAGUUCUUUGAUAUUUGGCCAGUGUUGAUGGGAGAGCAGGCACCCUACUCUGGCCCUGUCACUCCUGAUGGCAGGGAGAUAAUUUUCUACAAAGUGAUUGACUAUAUACUACAUGGAAAAGAAGACAUCAAAGUAAUACCCAAUCCGACUCCAGAUCAUUGGGCCUUGAGUAGCGGCCUGCCUACUUAUGUUGCUGAGAGUGGUUUUAUUUGUAACAUCAUGAAUACAGCUGCUGACGAGAUGUUCAAGUUUCAGACUGAGCCACUCGACAGCAGUGGUUGGACAAUAAAAAAUGUUCUCUCGCUGCCAAUUGUCAACAAAAAAGAAGAGAUAGUCGGUGUGGCCACUUUUUACAACAGAAAAGACGGAAAGCCUUUCGAUGAUCAGGAUGAGCAGCUCAUGGAGGCUUUGACCCAGUUCCUGGGCUGGUCUGUUUUGAACACGGACACUUACGAUAAGAUGAACAAGCUGGAGAAUCGUAAAGACAUCGCUCAGGAUAUGGUGCUCUACCAUAUCAAAUGUCGGGACGAUGAGAUUCAGAAUGUCCUGAACACCAGAGAUGUCUAUGGCCGUGAACCCAGAGAUUGUGAAGAGGAGGAGCUCCUAGAUCUCCUGAAAAAAGACCUACCUCCACUUAUCAAGAAGUUUGAGAUCUACGAGUUCCGCUUUUCGGAUUUUAACUGCACAGAGAUGGAACUGGUGAAGUGCGGGGUCCAGAUGUACUAUGAGGUCGGGGUGGUCAAGAAGUUCCAGGUCCCUCAAGAGGCGCUGGUCCGGUUCAUGUACUCGCUCAGUAAAGGCUACAGAAAAAUCACCUACCACAACUGGCGUCAUGGCUUCAACGUGGGACAAACCAUGUUCACACUCUUAACAACGGGAAUGCUGAAACGGUACUACACUGACUUGGAGGUAAUGGCCAUGAUAACUGCAGGCUUCCUCCAUGAUCUGGAUCACAGAGGGACCAACAACUUGUACCAAGUCAAAUCUGCCAACCCUCUGGCCAAGCUACAUGGCUCCUCCAUCUUGGAACGACACCAUCUGGAGAUGGGAAAGUUCCUCUUGGCUGACGAGUCACUGAAUAUCUACCAGAACCUUAACAGGCGACAGGUAGACCAUGUGAUUCAUCUAACGGACAUUGCCAUCAUUGCCACCGACCUGGCUCUUUAUUUCAAGAAAAGAACGAUGUUCCAGAAGAUCGUAGAUCUUUCACACACAUAUGAGGAUGAAAAGAAGUGGGUCGACUUCAUGUCUCUAGAAACUACCAGAAAAGAAAUCCUCAUGGCUAUGAUGAUGACCGCAUGUGACUUGUCAGCCAUCACCAAGCCUUGGGAGGUGCAGAGCAAGGUUGCCUUGUCUGUAGCAGCAGAGUUUUGGGAGCAAGGUGACCUGGAGAGGACAGUACUGGAACAAGAACCUAUUCCCAUGAUGGACAGGAAGAAGUCAGCAGAACUUCCAAAGCUACAGUGUGGUUUCAUUGACUUUGUCUGCACGUUUGUCUAUAAGGAGUUUUCUCGCUUCCACCCACAAAUCCAGCCCAUGCUGGAUGGCAUCCUAAAUAACAGGAAGGAGUGGAAUAAUAAAAAAGUAGAGUAUGAGGCUACUCUCAAAGCCCUAGAGGAUGAGAAGGCCGCUAAAGAGCCCAGUAAAGCUCCUGCAAACAACAGUGGUGGAGGCUCCAAGACCUGCUCGGUGUGCUAACAGGUCAAAAACCUGUGCACAUGAUGGGAGUGCACAUCUCAUCGCCAAGGAAAAACUGCUGAUAAAGUCAGGAAGGAUAAGUGAGUGAAUGCACAGCGGGGAUGUAUUUUUUCAGAAAAAACCCGAAUGAGGAGAGAAACCUCACCAAGGAAAAAUGUAACUUUAAGUGACGCUAACCAGGUGAGCCAAACAAAUGAAUUCAGAGCAAGGCAGGACACCACAUCUGGGAAAAACAUCACUGAGGAACAACAAAAACAAUCAUGACUACUUCUAUUUUAAUUAAAUAUGAAUCCAGAGUAAAGGGGAUUUUUGAAUAUUAGGUUAACACUCAUCAUACAGUGUCAGCUUCCUUGUUAGUUCAGAUGGUGCAGAGAUGCUGUGUGUGCUUGUUGUGGGACAAACUUUUACAUUUAUUGUUAUUGUUUCUUUAAUGUAAAAAUGAGAGGAUAACAUGUGUACAUAUAUCUGCGUAGUAAGUGAUACCCAUGCACAGUAUUUGUAAUAUGUAAGAGUAAACAAAUUAUACAAGUAAUUCUUUGCUGCAGAUUGUAUAUCGUGUUUGGAGCUCUGUUUUCAAACAUACUGUACAGUAUAAUUGUACAUUAAUGUAAUAUUUAUUUAGGGGUUCAGAAUGUAAAUUCAGAUGAUGGGUAGAUAGAAGUAUAAUUAAACUGCUGUACAUAUAUUUCAAAAUGAUCAUUUCAUGUUCACUCCUUCCAGUCACUUCCAUUUACAAAUGAGAGUUUGUUUACCUUGAUUGCAGAGAGCCAAAGUUAGAUGACAAGCUUGAGAUUGCUGCAGUAAAAAAAUAAAAAUCACAUUUGUAGAGAGUAUGGUUACUUUUUAUGAAUAUAAAGGCAGUGGCAUAGAAAUGUAGCUUUACUCUCCACAAACAAGCCUGUAGUUGCUUAAUCACGAUGCCUUCACACGUUACAUGUCGAGAGAGUAGCAGAUAAUGUUAAAAUUACAAAUGAGAGUAUGUUGAAAAUCUGGGAAUUAGUUGGUUCCAGAUCAGAUUAAUUUGACUAUGAACUGACUGAUUGGACCUCAAAGGUAAUUCCAACUUGUUUAGCAUAAUAUGGUAGCAGGAGCAACCAUCUCUCUCCAAUUGCAGCAAAAAGUUACCGCUUAUUAAUCUCUGAGGGGAAAUUCAUCUUCUGUAAUUGACCCAUCCUAAAUAGGAGCAGGGAUCAGCCCUAGUGCAGGACUAAUAGAUUGAUGAA